CCCCGCGUCUGGUACUCGCCCGCAGCCAGCCGAGGGGAGGCUGCAGACACCGCGGCUGGCGAUGAGGAUGGAGGCCGGGGAGGCAGCGCCACCGGCGGGGGCGGGCAGCCGCGCCGGGGGCGGCUGGGGCAAGUGGGUACGGCUGAACGUGGGGGGCACAGUGUUCCUGACCACCCGCCAGACGCUGUGCCGGGAGCAGAAGUCCUUCCUCAGCCGCCUGUGCCAAGGCGAAGAGCUGCAGUCGGACCGGGAUGAGACGGGGGCUUACCUCAUUGACCGAGACCCCACCUACUUCGGGCCCAUACUGAACUUCCUCAGGCAUGGCAAACUGGUGCUGGACAAGGACAUGGCUGAGGAGGGGGUCCUGGAGGAAGCUGAGUUCUACAACAUCGGCCCCCUGAUCCGAAUCAUCAAGGACAGGAUGGAGGAGAAAGACUACACAGUGACCCAGGUGCCACCCAAGCACGUGUACCGUGUGCUGCAGUGCCAGGAGGAGGAGCUCACACAGAUGGUUUCCACCAUGUCUGAUGGCUGGCGCUUCGAGCAGCUGGUGAACAUCGGUUCCUCCUACAACUAUGGCAGCGAGGACCAGGCCGAGUUCCUGUGUGUGGUGUCUAAGGAACUCCAUAGCUCCCCACACGGCCUAAGUUCCGAAUCUAGCCGUAAGACCAAGAGCACGGACGAGCAGCUGGAGGAGCAGCGGCGGCAGGAGGUGGAGGAGGUGGAGGUGGCCCAGGUGCAGGUGGAGGCGGAUGCCCAGGAGAAAGCCCUGUCAUCUCAGGAUCCCGCUAACCUUUUCUCCCUCCCACCACCGCCUCCUCCUCCUCCGCUUCCUGCUGGAGGUCCCUGUCCGCACACUCCCAGACCCAAGCCUGAGCUUGCUGUGAGAGCUCCUCGGCCCCGCGCCCGCCCCCAGAGCUGCCGCCCCUGCUAUUACAAGCCAGAGGCACCCGGAUGUGAGCCCCCAGAUCACCUCCAGGGACUUGGGGUUCCGAUCUGAAAUCCUUUAUUUUUGUACCACGGGGUGGGCCCCCGGCCCGAGGAGGAAGACUUGCCCUCUCCCUUGUCACUGCUGCCUGCAUCUGCCGGGCUGGGACCCAAUCCUGCCUUCCGGCCCAGGCCUGGGGCCCUCUGGGACCUUGGAAGGCUUGAGGUGGGCCCUGGGGUCUCCAGGCAGAGUCACCUGCCCAUGGCCAAAGUGUGGCACUGCCCACCCAUAUCUCCCAGGUCCUUUUGUCCCCUCGCCUGGGUCCCCUUGCUGCAUGGCAGAUACACUCUCUCCCAGCCCAGUCAUAGCACCUCCUGCAGCCUCCAUGGCACCCCUCCUCCUCCCACCUACCUCACAGGGGUGUUGUGAGGACCGGGGAGGAAUGGGGUUCCUAAGCCCUAAGUGUCUGGGGCUGCAGUCGUUACCUUCUUGGGGGGAGGGACUCUGGCCUAGCCCCCAAGUGGGACAUUAUGGCUUCAGAUACUGGUGGGGGACAGUGGGAGGACUUAGCCAAGCAGAAAGGAAGCUACAGACUUGGCAUCACCUUGGCUGCCCCUCCCCCGUGCCACCAUGCCUUUGGCAGCAGAGUGCAUUGGGUCUUUGAGGCUGCCCAGGAACUUGUGGUGGGGGAGGGGACAGGUGUGAAAGGGGCUGAGCUGCCCCUCUGUGUCUUGCCCCCCUAGGAUGGGCACACAUCUGUCAGCUGUGUCCCACUCACCCUGAAAUAAACCUGAACAAACAG